CCUCCUUCUCCUCCUCCUUCCUCCACCGUCACAUCCAUUCUCUCCCUACGGAAGAUGCGCGUGCAGCUCGGGCGGGAUGAACCGGGUUUCCCGGUGUGUUUAAUGGGGACGGUCUGAGGAAGAUCCAGGUCCGGCAGGCGGAGACCACCAGGAGGAUCCCGCAGAGGAAGGUCUCCUGCUGCUGCCGCUGUUCCGAGCCGGAGGAGCGGAAGAUUCCCUUUCAUCCGAAGACCCCCUGCCUCUCCUCCGGGGUGUGUCGCCGGGAUUCUCUGUAGCAUGCACGCUCCCAGGAGUGUGUAGCCCGUUUUAAGGCAAGAGCAGGAACCUGCAGUACAUGUUUAUCAGUGAGGGUUCUUCAAGGGUGGAGAUGGGCUCGGUGGGAGCAGAGCGCCGCAGGCCCACACCAGCCCAGACGCCCGAGGAGAGGGACGUGUGGAGGGAUGGAGGAAGAUCUGGAUGGAGGGACGCAGGCAGAGAGGCCUGGAGGGAGGGCAGGGAGAGCAGCGUGGUGCAGAGCUACAGCUUCGAUUCGUACCAGCUGGAGGAGGAGGAGAUCAGUAAGGAUGCCCCAGAGCGAGGAGUGCUGGCUCUGUCUGAACCUGGUUUUGAAGAGCCGAUCCCUGACGACCGUUACCAUGGCAUCUACUUUGCGAUGCUAUUGGCUGGAGUUGGUUUCCUGCUUCCCUACAACAGUUUCAUCACUGAUGUAGAUUACCUGCAUCACAAGUUCGAGGGAACAUCUAUCGUGUUUGACAUGGGUCUGACAUACAUCUCCAUCGCUCUGUUGGCCGUCAUCCUCAACAACGUGUUGGUGGAGCGGCUCAGCAUGCACACCAGGAUUACUGUUGGUUACAUCUUGGCUCUGGGGCCGCUCAUUUUUGUCAGCGUGUUUGACGUCUGGCUGGAGAAGUUCACCAUCCAACAGGCUUACGUCGUCAACCUUCUGUCAGUUGGAGUGGUAGCCUUCGGGUGCACAGUGCAGCAGUCCAGUUUCUAUGGUUACAUGGGGAUGCUGCCCAAGAGGUACACACAAGGGGUGAUGACUGGAGAAAGCACAGCUGGGGUGAUCAUCUCUCUCUCUCGCAUCUUCACCAAACUGCUCAUCCCUGACGAGAAGAAGAACACACUCAUCUUCUUCCUGGUCUCCAUCAGCAUGGAGAUGAUGUGUUUUCUGCUUCACCUGGUUGUCCGCCGCUCUCGGUUUGUCCGCUAUUACACCAGCCACUCCCAGGGCAAAGGUCCGGCCAAAUGUCACGAUCCGCGGGACAACGGUACCGGAUACAGGGUCCACCAUGACGUCACUGCAGAGGAAGUGAGAUUUGGAAAUGGCGGAACAGGACCGUCCUCUACAGAUGAGAGCCUGGAGGACUUGGCAGGCGGUACCUAUGUGCUGUUUGAUGCUCCCAAAGCCAAGAUAAGGAGAAGCUGGCCUGGUGUUCGAGACAUGAUCCUGCACCGUUACGUGGUGUCCCGUGUGAUCUGGGCCUACAUGCUGUCCAUAGCCGUGACCUACAGCAUCACUCUGUGCUUGUUCCCGGGGCUGGAGUCAGAGAUACGCAAUCCAACGUUAGGGGAGUGGCUCCCCAUCCUCAUCAUGGCCACCUUUAACAUGUCAGACUUUGUUGGCAAGAUCCUGGCAGCGCUGCCGUACGACUGGUCCGGAGGCCGCCUGCUCUUCUUCUCCUGCCUAAGGGUGGUCUUCAUCCCGCUCUUUGUCAUGUGCGUGUACCCAGCCAAUGCGCCCACGCUCCCCCACCCUGCCUGGCCGUGUCUCUUCUCCCUCCUCAUGGGAGUCACCAACGGUUACUUUGGGUCGGUGCCGAUGAUCCAGGCUGUUGGCAAAGUGCCGCCGGAGCAGAGGGAGCUGGCAGGGAACACCAUGACGGUCUCCUACAUGACGGGUUUGAUGAUCGGCUCCACGGUGGCGUACGCAGCCUACAGCUUCACCGCUCCAGGAGCAAGAGGAAGCCUCCCGAAGUUCAACCAACUUUCCAACGCUACAGGGUACUGAGUGUUCACACAGUCCAAAACAAAAACAACAGAAAUGCAAGUGGACGGAUAAACAAUAGGAAUUAAUGCUGGGGGAGAGAAAAUAUAAACUUCUCUACAUUUUUCAGCCUCAUGAGGAGGUGAUUUUCUUUUAUUUUUAAUAUUCUGAGAUACAUUUUCACGGAAGUGCAGAGUAGCAGCCUGUUUCUGCCAGCAGGAUCAGCCUGACAUUUAGCCUUUGAGAAUCACAGAGUGAGAAUUACUGCCUGCGUGAGCGAGAACAGAUUGUGUGACAUUUGUAAAGGUGUAAAGUCAAGUCAGAUUUCACCACAAGGAGCAAAACAGGCGGUGUGUUAAAGUCACACAUGUUUUAUGAUGUCCAAGAGCUCGUCGGGUGGAAAGGUGAGAUGCAGUCAUUCAGAUGAAGAUCUUCAUCUUUAUUUAUUCACUGUGAUUUUAUUCGCUUGACGUUAAACUUAUAUGUAAAUAAACUACUGCUUUCAUUCUAGACAAAGCAUGUGGGGUUAUCAGACAGUUCCAUGCAAGGGUUAUGUAUUUGCUGUAGACACUCACCUUAGCUAAAGGUAAAUUCAGGUCCUUGAUGCCUGUUGUUCAGAUUUUUUUAAGUUGAUUGCGAUAAAAACAGAUUAAUGAUUAUUUAGCUUUAUGACAAAAUUUGGAAGAAAAAAAUCGGUGAUGAGGCACUCCGAAAGUAAUUUAUUAAGGUAUGAGCCAACGCGUUUGGGUCGCGUGCGACCUCCUUCAGGGCAUAGUCAAGAAUGAGUUAACGAGGACACUGUCCUUCCUCUGUUAAAGAAAAGGUUAAAUGGAGCUACCUCACGUGACUGCAUCAAGGCAAGGUUCCUUCACAUUGAGAAACACCCCUAGUCUGCACUAACAGCUAUUAACAAGCUAAUAGCUAGUCUGUGCUAACAGCUAUUAACAAGCUAAUGGCUAGUCUGUGCAAACGGCUAGCAACAAGCUAAUAGCUAGUCUGUGCCAACAGCUAGUAACAAGCUAACAACUAAUCUGUGCUAACAGCUAAUUAGUAACUAAGUCUCUGGGCUAAUUACAAGUCAGAGCUAACUGUUAGAGCUAGCACCUAGCUAGGGCUAACAGCUAGUCUCAAAAAAGACUAUAGUGAACUGCUGUCACCAUAAAACAACUUCCUUCUAAACAGUUUCUCAUCAAACAUGAUAUCACAAGCUAUUUUAUCAGCACCAGUUCUACAUUACACUGGUAUUUAUAUUUGCAGCUACAGCCCUUCCUGUGCACCCAAGGGAACUUCCUAUUAUAAUGUUUUCAGCUGUGGUAAACAUAGACAUGAAUAGUUGAUACACCAUUGGGUGCUGGAGAGCGCUGCAGCAUCGUCGCCAUGUUGGGUGGGUUCCUUACUCUCCAAACCCAACUGGGGUCAAUGCAGAGUGAGCAACUGUGCUUGUUUUUGUGCAGCCUACGGUUGUGACAACUGGUGCAUUAUUAAAAACAGAUCAUGGUUUUUCUAGCCUACCUGUUGAGAUUUUAUAUAUUUAUUUAUUUUAUUAUAUUUUAUUAGCAUGUCCUACCCUGUGUUUGAUUUUGUGAAAUCAGAAAAGUGAAAACGCCUUCCUCAGUAGAAAUUAAUGCACUGGGGGCGAAUGCAGACCCAAUCAAGAUGGCAGCCCGCUGCUAUGCUAGCUCCAAUAGUCCACGUCGCAUAUCCAAUGUUUGAAUGACAUGAGAUCUGAGUUGUUUUAAGGUGACAAAAAUCCACUUUAGUUUGAAGAAAUCUAGCGUGGGUAGGAUAUCUCAAAAGAUCUGAACUAUCCCUUUACCACAACGUGCCAAAUCAGAAAUGAUUUCACAUAUUUAUUUAGUUUACAAGAGUGGUAAUCAAAAGGGAAAUAUAGCAAAUUAGUAAAUAUUUUUACACUUUUUUUAAGUAAAGUAUUUUUAAAAAAUCUGUCCAAAUUGAUCCCUGCUGCUUAUUUGUUGUCGUACCUCAAUAAGAUGAGUCAAAAGAUUUAAAGUUGAUGAAACAAACUGACAUGAAAGCAGAAAAUUGUCAAAUGUUUUUGUAUGUUUUAAAACGUCUUGUACCACGUGGUGGCAAAAAAAAAAUGUGUAAAAUGUUUUAAAUGUGUGGAGAGUAGCAUGCAAAAGUUUGAAUUUGCCGGUCGAUCUGUUACUAUAAAUAACUGAGUAAAGGACGAAAUAUUUUAAAAACUAACAAAAAUGGAAAAAAAUGUUUCAGACAAGAUUUAAACAACACAGAGAAUACAAAGUUUUACCUCUAAAGUGAUAUGGUGGGCUUUUUUUAUGUCUGUCUCUGAGUAAAAAUCAUAAAUAAUUGUUAUUUUGUCUGUUUAUAGCUUCCUGAACAGCCUUUGUUUGAAGAAACAGAUUUUAUGUCCUACAUGACUGAUGAACUGCAGCCAGAACCGAAGUGUGCUGUUAUUGCCGUCUCAAACUGGGUCAAGUCCCCUUAGUUUCAUAGAGAUUCAUGCAAACAAUAUUUUAUAAACCUUUUGACUGUUUGUUUUAAUGAAAUUUGGACGUAAAGCAACCAGCGGCAGCUAAAUAUAGCACCUCUGAAGCAUCCAUGGAUUAGGUCUCUCAACAUUUUUGCUGGCAACACUGUGUAAUGUGGAUUUAUUGGCAUUAAAAAGGCUGUGAAAUCUAGGAGACUGGAGCUGUUGGCAGCAACUAGCUGUUAGCUCAUCAGUCCUAUAGGGUGUAAGUUAAAGAGAAGCUGCUUAGCAGGGGUUUAAAUGAUAAAAUUGGCCUUUUAACUAUUGUGUAAUUUAACAAUGUUGUUACCAAACAAUGUAACCACUCGAUUUUCCUAUGUUAACACAUUGCCCUAAGAAAGUUAACUAACUAAUGAGGAACUAGCUCCCUUAUGCUAACAUGUGCUAGCAAUGAUAACAUUGUGCUACAGCUAAUCAUGAUGUGAAACACCAACUGGCUGUUUGGUUAUGGUAACAGACUAAAGCCUAAUUUAUGCUUCUCCGUCACGCCCACGCAUUGACUGACGGUUUCCCUUCAGACAAUUCCCCUCCAGGACAACAGAGGGCGUCAUGUCCUUCAGUGGCGUUUUUGUGUAUUUGUAUUUACUGUAUAUUGUGUUUAUGUAUUUCAGACUUUUUAACACGGACAAAUUUGUACCACAUUCUCCUUCACUUCUUCACGCAGUCGCCACCUCUAAACCCACAUUUCCCGUCAUUUCCUUCAACUGAUAAAAAGUUUGUUGCGUAUCUCUGCUCUGCUUCAGUCACAGGUGUAAAAGCGUUCAUGUAGAGUAGACUUUUUCCAUGAGACGUUCUCCGAUCUGUUCCAUGUCUGCUGCUAGACAUCUUCUGUACUGUUCUACAUAUUUAUUUAUUUUGGGGAAUGGAUGGUGCUUUUGAUGAAUUGAAAGUUAGUGGCUUGGUGACCAAUCGCAGGCUUGCGGUCUCCGUCGCUUUCAGUGGACAGCUAAAGAUUUGUGUGCAUGUCUCCGUCUCCCUCUGUGGAGCUGCCACAGAGUCCUUGUGUCGAGACAUCAUGGCGUUGCUUCUCUUUGUUGCCGAGCUGACUGAGAAGUAUAAAACUGGCUUAAAGCUAAAAAUUAGCCAUCCUUAAACACAUUUUUAGCAAUAUUUACUUUCAUUGUAUAAAUACACACUGAAGUGAUCAGGCUCAGAGUGUGUCGCAUCUAAAACGGUCCGGGCGGAAACAUGUUCUCUGAUCUCAAUCUUUCUACUAGAGAAACGUUUUUAUGAUCUCUGCUUUGGCAGAUCCUCAAAACGUUUAAAUCCUCCAUACAUAACGCCAUUUCCUUCACUUCUACGGCAAAAUAAAACAAGUGCGUCUUUAUUAGGAUGCCUUUGAGACUUUUCCCACUUAGGUAUUUAGAGUAACACAACAGUGUUGUCUGUCUGAAAUGUACCUGUGGUUAUUAUCGGUGUAGCUCAAGAAAAAAAAAAGAACAAUCAGUGCCAAAAAAUGAAUGUAGAGACAUGAAUUCAGAGUAAAGUGCACUCAAUGCAGAAACAACCCUUUAUUGUCCCUAAUUUGUGACAUAUUUGUGUGUGUGUGUAUCUUUAUUUGCCAUUUCUUUUAUUCCUGUUUGGCUCCACACAAGGAUGAAAAUGUAGGUAAUGUUGCCGCCUGUGUGAAUAACUCAUCCCGGAGCUAGCCUAGUUGAUGCACGCAGGUCUCCCCAGGGAUACUCACUGGAUCUAAAGGUGUUCUAGUUAUUUUUGGUGAGAUGUGCCAUUAAGAACAUGGAAAGGCACUUCACUCUCUGGGGGAAAAAAAGAGAUUCCUUUCAUGGACAUGAAUUGUUCACAGGAAUUUAAGAUGAAGGAUCAGAUCCAGGAGCAGUUUGAGGACUGAUUUUUCUGUUGAUUGCGGUUUUUAAAUGUCCCGUUGCUGAAAUCUUAAUGGUGGGUUUAAGAAUAACAUUUAACAAUUGCAAAUCUACAGGGAUGAAGCACUGCACAUAACAAACUACACCAGAAGGAUAAUAUACUUUAUAACAUCCUAGAGGUCUUCGUAUCCAUCAGCUCAUCAUUUAACGUUCUGCUCAUAAAUUAAACAGUCGUCUGCAAAUGUGCUGAUGUUCUCACCUGGAACAGCAGAAAGAAGCGGAUCGCUGAAGGCUGGUGUAAGAAGAGUUCAGCCAUUCUGUAAAUAAAUACUGCAUAAAGAUCAGCUGGAACGUGUUUAAUGGAGAUUUUUGUGAGGGACAAAGAGGAUUCUCCUAAAAACCAAACAGAACCAGGAACUACUUUUGGUCUUUUGGUUGAUGCAUGAGGUCUGAGUGUCACACCAACUAAAAGAUUCAAUAAUGUAACGAUCUCAUUUGUUUCUCAAAUUAUUUUAAUCUAAUUUGUUUGAAUUUAGAGGUGGAAAAGAAACUCAGGUGAAUCAGAAGUGACCAAGGUUGACAUUAUUCAGAAUAUAUAUAAAUAUAUGUGACCUACAGUAUGUAAUCCACAAUGUGCACAUUUAUGUGUGAAGAAAAAAAAAAAAAGCUAAAAACUUUUUUUUCUGACCUGUUUUAUGCCAAAAAGAAUUUGGGUGUUCAGGCUCAACAUUCAACACUGUAUCAUCAGCAAAAUGUAAUAAACAGCUGUUUACAUCUG